AUGAAUUAAUAAUUCUAAAUUGAUGACAUUAUUCUUGCUCCUGGUUUAUCAAUCAAAAUAAGGAACACUAUAUAAUUCAAACAUGGAUAGGAUGGAUUCCAUUUAUGGGAAGCAGGCAUUGUAUUGACGAGAUACGUGUAUUAUAAUAUCAUGCCAUCAAAAUAAAUAUUCAUGGAUUUGGGAACUGGAGUAGGUAUUGCAGGCAUUCUAAUCUCAAAAUACACUCGAGUCAUUAUGACAGACUAUAAUUAAGAUGUUUUGGAUAAUGCUUGGCUGAAUGUAAAAUUAAAUCAGUCGCCAUGUAUUCUUAUGCAAUUAGAUUGGAGAAAUCAUAACAAAAUAAGUUUCUAAGUGGAUACAAUUGUUGGAAGUGAUUUAGUCUAUUCAGGUGCACCCUUGUAUGACUUAUAUUAAACAAUAGUUAAAUUAUUAAAAUAAAAUGGGAUAUUUUAUUUGAUAAUACCAAGUAGUAGAAUGUGCACUUCAGAAUUUAUAGAUAUUAUGAAUUCUGAGGGUUUAUUUGAGAUCAAAAAGGAAUUGUUGGAAGAUGAAAAGUAUUACCAACCUUGUUUGUUAGACCGUGAAUAAUCUCACACAUUGUAUCCAGGUUUAAAGGAACUCAAAUUUUAUAUUGAAUUUAUAACCUUCAAUUAUAUAUAUAUAUAAAAUAAAAGAUAAAUGGAUGUAGAAUAAAUAGAACUCAAUAUGGCGCCUUAAAUAUCUGAUUAGAAUUAAGGGAAUGACUAAGUCCAAAGUUCAUAGCACGUUCUUAAUGCAGUGAUGCAAGAUGCUCGACAAUCUUAUUUAUUAAAGAAAGGAAGACUUUAAUUUCUGACUUUAAAGAGAUUGACACAAGCUAUUCUUAUUUACAGAAUACUCUAUGUUCUCCUUUGUUUCAUCCCAUUUUAUAAGUGUCCUUUUGAAUGCAAUAACACUCUUUUAAAUACUUUAUUGCUAAUCUGUAUUGGAUUGGAAUUAUUGAAGAUAGCUGAAACCAUAUAUUAGUUAAGGAAGGUUUCAUUUUAUUUGAAUCUCUUCAACUUAUAUGAUGCCUAAUAAGUUAUACCAUUUACACUGAAUGACUUUUAAACAAUAUUUGCUUUAAGAUAUGCCCUCGACUAACUUCACAAAAAGGCGUUCUAUUUUAGAAUCACCAUAAACAUAAUUUGGGUCAUCUACUACAUUAUUUAUGUUGCCUUCUUUUUUAGCUUUGCUAAUUAUUAUACAAGUGAUUAGAAUGUGAUCGUGAGCUUUAUGCUAAUCAUCAUCUCCUUGGACUCAGUCUUUUUUAUAUUUCCAUAUGUAUUUCAUUGUAUAGGAUGGUUUUGUGUUAAAUGCUAUGAUGCAAUAAAGAAAUUAACGUCAAAAAAUAAUAAACUUCUCAGAUCUUUGAAAAAAGAGAAAUACGUUGAAGGCUAAUAAUUGACUGAUGAAAAUAUAUGUAUCAUCUGCUGGGAUUCCUUCAAAAAUGAUGAAUACUAUACAAGAUUAAAAUGUAAUAAAAAUCACAUAUUUCACACUACAUGUAUUCAAGUUUGGAUUAAAACCAAUAUAACUUGUCCAGUUUGUAGAUCUUAGUUAGUUUGA